AUGACCCAAACUAUUCGAUCUGGAAAUAACGACUGUAUCGUCUUGAAAAAUGAGUCUCGAUUCUGGAUUAUGCGAGCCGAAGGAUUUUGGCGAUCCCGACGUGACUGGAUUUGGGGCUAUGUCAAAGGACUCCUGCGUGAGGACCGGUACAACGCAAUUGAUACUAUGAUUCUCGAUACAUUCCAUCGUGCCCUUGGAGGGGGAAAAAGGAUCCAAAAGACAAACAAUAUCGACCGCAUCAAACAUUUCGAAAAUUUUGUCUUGACAAUGAGCGACCAACAAUUGGUAACGGGAUUUGCGCUUGUGAUUGCCGCACAAUUGAUUCGCUACGGUGUUGCAGACCUGGACAAGACAAUAUCCGCCUAUUCAUACUGUAUGGCUGUCAACUUGGCCCUAUUUUCGUGCGUCACGCACCUUUCGUCAAUGACAGUUCUAAGAAGCCAUUAUGACAGUAACAAACGGCUGAGAGAUAUUAAGACCGUUCUCAUGGUUGCAUCCGUUGCUCUCCUGGUACCCCAGCUUGUAGCUGGCCAAAUCUUAGCGACAAAUUCAACACUGCGUUGUUCUCUGGAUCAAUUGGGAGGUGAUACUGGGCUGCAUUGGUACGAUGAUACUUAUUCGAAAAUGGUCUUCUUUUCAACCCUAUCUAUGAUUGGCAUUCUCGUCGGUGGUUACCUGCGAAGGAUUCUGGAGCUCUAUAUUCCAAUGUUUAGUGACUCGCCCGAGGCAUGGGUAGCAGAAAUUUGUGCGAGCAAAUUUUCAUGGCUGAGUAAACACGACAUAAAGAUGUUUAAUGUUGUUGCCAAUCUCGACCGUUUCGCUGAAGCGAUGUCGCUCUUAGCGGGGCGAAAUGGUAUAAGAGAUUAUUUUACGAUGGUUAGCAUCAUAGCAGGGGAAUUGAGAAGUUCAUUCUUUGCAGAAAUUGUUUGGUUCUUGUUCUACUCCACCUUUGCACUUUGCGAGGUUUGCUUCUUCAUUGUUUGGGGAGGGGACUCGGAGUCUUCCAUUAGCUUUACACCGCAAUUUGGGCAGAUUCUCCCUCUCGGCAUGCUCGUCCUUCCGGUCCUUUCAGCCGUUGAGGCUUACAGAAGUUAG